AUGGCCGGCCGUUUUACCAGGAUAGCUGCCGCUGGAUUGCGCAGUCUAGCCAGAGCUGGUCCUGUGCCUUCCAAGUGCCUGCAGAGAAGAGCUUUCGGAUCAUCUGGGCCUGGCUAUAACAAAGGGCCUGUCUCCGGCAGGAUUGUUGAAGGACUCGAGCUCGCAAUCGGGUUUACUGCUUUGGGUCUCGUCGGAGCUAUCACGUACGAUGUCACCGGCGAGGUUCUUCAUCGUCACCGUCAACAUCAGCUGGACAACCAUACUCCCGAAUUUCUGAGUGCAUUGGAGAACAAACUACUGGGCCGGCCUGUUGAGCAUGUAGAGGAGGACCCGGAUCACACGGAAGCCCUGAUCGACAAUGCCGGAGGCACGUUGAGUGAUGCCCAGGAAGAGCUGGCAUUCCAUGAGACUGACUUGGACGCUCAGUUGCACACCGAUGGGACUCAGUUGGACAACGAUGGCACUCAGUUGGAAGCCCAGGAGACUGAACUAGAGAGCGACGCGACUCAGUUUGACGUCCAAGAGUGUAUCCGACAGAACCAGACCUAA